AUGAUUGUCCCCAAACCCCAAGUCACCCUCGAGGGCGAUUGCUCUACCAUCUACAGCAACACGCUCUACGUCUUCUCCCGCGGCGACCUCCUAUCAAUACCGCUCCGUGAGAACGGAAAUUGGACCGAACAGCCAAAAGGAACAUCGGUCACUGGCGCCGCUUGUGUAAAGAGUGACGACGCGUUCUAUGUGGUCGGCGGGACCGGCCCUGCUGGCUACAAUGGCCUGCAAGAAUUUACGUUCAAGACCCAGAAAUGGCAAAACUUGACCUCGCCCUCGAUGGUUAACCGAACUGGCCACGGUGUUGGGUACAUUUCUUCGUCAUCCCAGAUCCUUGUCUAUGCUGGUAUGACAGAUGGCAGUACUGGCAGCUCUCAAUCAACCUAUCUCAUUUCGACAACGGCCCCAUACGAUGUCACCUCUGGUGUUGACCAAGGUGCUCCAGCUUUGUAUGAGCCUAUUCUUAUGCCCUGGAGUGAUUCUGAAAUUGCCAUGGUUGGAGGCUCCGCCACCAAUACGGCUGUUCAUAUCUAUGAUGCCAAAGACAAAAAAGGCUGGUCUCUCUCGGAGGCCACUCUACCAUCUGCAAUCCCCACCAACUCUCGCUGUACCAUUGUUUCCGACUCUGACAAGAACAUCGUACUCGAAGAGUUUACUAUGAACACUUCGCCCAACAGUGUUUCUAGCUACCUACUCAGCUCCAAGGGGAAGCUGCAGAGCCCUGCCACCGCAAUUGGCAAGAGAAGUCUGAUGGAUUCUUACAAUGAUACAUUAGCUCCCUCCAACAGCUGGACAAACUUUGCCCUCGCACAGGGCGAUGAUAUGGUUGUUCUCUCCAAUGGUGGUGGUGAUCAAUCAUUAGCGAUCUUCAACCAGACCUCCAAUAGCUGGGCAAACACGACGGAGUUGUUCUAUGGAAAAGGAGAUCAAAAUGUCCUCAAGCCCUCAACCACCUCAUCAAUCACGUCUACCCCAACAGCCACUUCCACUACUUCAGCUUCGACCUCGACCUCCGCGACAGCCACUCCCACAUCCACAUCUACCGCAGCUGGAGGUGGUGGUUUGAGUGACCACGCCAAAACUAUCCUAGGUGCAACCCUGGGAAGUGUUCUCGGAUUCGGCUUGAUCUUGCUACUCCUUCUUUUCCUGAUCCGACGCGAAAAGCAAAAGAAACAGCAGCAAUCUGGCAAAGGUGGUGGCGAUAGUAAGGACCGAUUCAGCUUCCAAGAUCAGGGCAUAGAACCCCUGACCGAAGGCGCCUACCCCAUGGCAAGGUCUCCCGUCCCAGUUGCCACUGCUUCGAGAGACUCGCUGGCUAUCGUGACCGGAAAGUACAACGGAGAGAAAUCUCUCAAGCCACCUACUGCAACGGGCUACGGUCUGUCUGCUCCCCGUCAGAGCAGCCCGCUCUCCACAAUUCCCUCCAGCGGUGCCAUGGGCGCGUCAAGCGUCUACACCGAUGAAACGGAGGGAGGUCCAGACUCCAGCCGUAGCAACCAGGCUGGCGAUCGCAGCACAGAUGAGGGAUGGGGCAAGUACUUUGAAGACAACAACACCACACAUCUUGCCGGAAUGGCGUCGGAUCGCUCGACCAUGAGUUCCGUCUACACCAAGUCGGACUACCGCGGAAGCGCCUGGCCAAUGUCAAACCUGACGCCAUUGAACUUGGGAUUCCUUGAUCAACCCAAGCCCUUGGGCCGUGUCCAUAGCGCCAGCCCAACCACAGAGAACACCUCCGAAAUGGGCGGCCGAAGCCUUGUCAUCCCAGAGAGCCAAUCGGCACGAAUCUCCACAGCAAGUUCCAUCAGCAUGGCAUCGGAAAGCGACCGAGACGAGAACUGGCAAGGUGCCGGCCACUCCAGCUGGCUGGGCCGACCCAGCAGCAGCAACUACAGCAACAGCUUCUACAACGCGAGCACCCGCGAUGUACCGGGUACUUCAUCAUACACAGGCCUCGUCGACAAGGCAAGGAAUUCAAACGUACGGAGAUCCAGCGCGAUAAUCCCAGAGGAUAUCGACGAGCUGCCGAUGCAAGGGCGGAGCAACAACGUCAAUUCAGAUAUGAGCUGGCUCAAUAUCCACGCUGAUCGUUGA